AUGGCUUAUUUGCCAAGACAGCGUACAGUGAAAACCAUCUUAGCGGGUGGUGGUUUUAAUGUGCAGGAAUACCGGGAUCUUGCACUGCUUACAAAAAACUUGUAUAUGGGCUUGAUGAAGGCCAAAUCCCCUCAAAUGCAUGAGUUACGCCAUGCAAUCAAAAAGGAAAAAGUUCGUGAAAUAAAUCGCCUGAAUGAACUCCAAAAUGAACGAAAUGUAGCUAAGAGAGUUCAGCAGGCCCUAAAAGACAAGCCAGGAGGUUUGAGACAACCUCUCCCACCCAUCGCAAGAAGAUGA